AAACAAUUUAAAAAAUAAUAGAAUUGUCGUAUUAGUUUUAUUCAUCACGAGUGUAAGAUACUAUUUUCAAGACCAAUAAGUGUUAAAUAAAAACCUAUUAUCCGAGGUUAUCAAAUUAGAGAACUAAAAAAAGAGUCAAGGUGAAGUAAAUUGUAUCUUGAAUAUCUUUAUCCAAAACUUGUAAAUUGUAAACUCAAAAUUUAUUUUUUAAAUUCACGCAAUUAAAAUUCCGUUACGUGUUUAACAUAUCUGGGUCAGUGUUUGAUGAUUUAUUGCUUAGCCACAUCUCGUGUUUGUAUACACAGUACAAAAAACCACGUCCAUACUUUUUUACAUAUAAGAACGCAUGAAUCUGUAAGAAAAAUUUUUUUAUGUUGAAAAGACCAUACAUGCGAUAUUUACAGUGAAGGAUAUUACCGUAAUACACGGUACAGUUACUUAAAAGUAUUCUGUUUUGAGGAAAAACAGUUAAAACUCCGCGAAAAUAAUCAUUUUGAAAUUCGAGUUUACUCUCAAUUUUGAACAAUAUCUGAUUGCAGAUUAUGUUGUUAACAUUUUAAAGUUAUACUGAAAGGCAUUGUAAAUCGCACUUAAGAUAGAACAACAUCAAACUGCUGCCCCACAUGGGACGAUGUGAUUUCACAAAAAUGAUAAUGCGUCAAGAGUGAAUUGAUUUCAUUAGACAAAAAGCAGGAUAUAUUUAUAACAGGAGGCUGUAAUAAUCAUCAGAACACCAAGAACAAUUAACAAGUUAUGAAGCUUAGAGAUGAAAUAGUAACAAAUUUUAAUUGGAUUUGCUUUCACUACAAUCAAUGCUGCACCUUUUUAUAACCAAUAAAGCACAACAGUGCACAACAGAGCACAACAUUCGGCAUGGAGAAUAAAGAAGGAAAGGAUAAUUCAAUAUCAGAUAAGAAAAACAGAACGCCGAACAACACUUCAACAGACAGGAAGAAUAACGAGGAAAAGCACCAUCUUAUAACCAAUAAAGCACCACAGAGCACAACAUUUGGCAUGGAGAAUGAAAAAGGAAAGGACCCUACCAAGGAAGACCUAAGUGCCAAAGAACCGACAGAAACGACACCAAAAAGUCAACUCCAUGGAAACACAUCACCUAUUAAUCAAAGAAAAAACAAUACACUACCUCCGAUACAACAAGGAAAAGGAUCUACAAUACCCUCCUCAGAGAAUGCUCAAACUAAAAAUCAAGAUAAAGUGACGAAUCCGCCGAAGAAGGAUACUCAAACUAAAGAGCAAGAUACAGUGACGAAUCAGCCAAAGAAGAAUACUCAGACUGAAAAGCAUGAUACAGUGACUAAUCCGAGGAAAGAGGACACUCAAACUAAAGAGCAAGGUACAAUGACGAAUCCGCCGAAGAAGAUGCCUCAAUGGAAUGCUGUAGAAACUUAUGUAUUGCUGGCUUUGACUGGGAUACUCAUGGUGGCAGCAAUUGUGUUGAUAUCUUCAAGCAAAGAUAUUUCAAUGGCCAAACCUUGUGAUUUAGAUAAGGCCCUCGAUUCACUUGGUCUAGACAUAACCUCCCCCUGUGUUUACAACGACAUUAAGAAUAUGUCUAUCUGUCUACGUGAUUUGGGAAUAGGAAUUCUAGCUGUGAAUUUGUUUUUCUUUUGGAUGAUACUCUGUUUAAAGUGUAUGCCUAAAGAGUUAAAAUUGACAUUUUUCAUUCUAAUUGCUUUAGCUGCACUUGGUUUUUUCAUCACAAUGAUGAUAUUCUACAAUGACGUUCUGGUGACCAAAGCAGCAAAAAAAGACACAGACUUUGUUCAAAUAAAGACAACAAUGUUCAAUUUGUUGGAAAAAAAUUACACUUCAGACAACAUAAGUAGUAGCGAUGCAGUAUCAAAUAAGUGGAACACGUUUUUCAUCGAGUACAACUGUUGUGCUAUAAACCAAGUCCAAGGAACCACCAACGACUUUGACAGCACUCCGUGGUGUACUACAUCCGGUUCCUGUCAGGCAACGGCCUCACAGAUCCCGAAGACCUGCUGCAAUUAUGUUUCAGAGGAAGAUUAUGGGAGUGCACCGACCGCCUGUCAUUCCUCUGUUAAUCCUGGGACCUAUAAAUCUAAUUGCAUGAUGGCUAUUAAGCUGUUAAGUGUUACAAACAUAGAGGAAUACAAAAUCAGCCUCCUUGAAAUUUCUCUACUCAUCAUAGGGACCUUGGAGCUUUGUCGUUUCGCUGAAGCCAUUCGUGCGCUGGUGUCGGUAACAUGGUGUGAUUGCUGUGUUGGCAGAAGAAAAGAUAAAAUAUACCCGAAGCCGAAGGAAGACGAGGAAAAUGGCAACCAAAACGAUGUUAUUGAAACUACAACCAAGAAACCUAGUGAUUCAAGUGAUGGAAACAAAAAUGUAAAAGGAUAAACAUUGCGUCUUAAAUCCAUCAUGCUAUUCGAAGCAAGAAGUACGUUACUUAGUCUCACAUAAAUCGCUAGAUAUGUUUUCAUCAGUAUAUUAUCUGAUAACUGUUGUCUCUGUAUUUAUUUUGUAUUUUUUAUAUUGUCAUCUGUUACAUUUUUGUUCAUUACAAUUUAGUGUCUAUUUUAGAAGAAUUUGACUUCUCAUUUAUCCAUUUGUACAGGGUGUCGAAGAAUACCUGAUAGCAUUUGAAUUGUGACUCGAUAAAAGAGAAAAAUCUUUUCAUUUUUUCUACAAAAAACGUGCUUUUAUUUGAAUUAUGAUGUCACAAAGUUGCAACAUGUGUUUUGUUUGAAUUGAAUUUUAAUAAAGAUAAAUCGGACAGGAGAGCGGGCAUCUUUCGUUUUAAAAUGGUAUUAUCAAACACAGACUCUAAAUUUAUCUGUACAAGUCAUAAAAUCAGAGUAUUCUGGGAAAGAGCGACUAAACAAGCAACACAUUCUUUAAAUUAUCAGAAGAUUAAAAAAAAAAUAGAAUCCGUACAGUAAUUGUUGUGAAAACUUUUAAUUUGUUGUUUUUAUAACAACGCUCAAUUUGUGUAUUUGUUCUUUUGAUGAAUAAAUUUAACCAAAAGUUAUUCAAAGAGUAAGUGGUAUCACUAUUGGUAUUAUGAACACACUACUAAUAUAUUUUGAUGCAUUUUAGAAUUUUCUUAUAAAAGAUUUUUUUCUUGAAUUUGCGGAUUAGGCUAAGAUGCAAAUAUAAUCAUAUUUUGUUUUUUAAUCAAUAUUUUUGUUCUUCAGUUUAAAAAUUAGAGGAAGAUACGGUAGCGUUACAGAUCACACAUAUUUUUUUCCAUGUUAAUGCUAUGUAUGAUAGUCAU